AAGGCAUACAGUUUUCUGUCUAAGAUACAGUAUGUUACUUAUUUGUUAGAAUUUCUUCUCCCUUUUGUCUUCAAAAUUAAAUUUCGUAUAUGUUUCGACUCGCCUCUCCAAAUAAAUCGAAUAUUUCAUGUUUUACCAACUAACAAGAGGAAUCUCUUGAAUUCUUGUGAAAAAGUGACGAAGACCUUGAGUCCAGAAGGAGUCAGACCUCUAAUAUCGAAUAUCGAGAAUAUAUAUAUAUAUAUAUAUAUAUAUAUAUAUAUAGAGAGAGAGAGAAAAACUGCAGCUCAAGCGUUUAAGAUGGCUCUUCACGAGGAAAUUGGCAAUGUGAACAUCUGGUGGUUUCCGCAGGACUUUUGCCAAUCCCGAUUUGGCGAUUUCCGACAGAGCGGUACCAAUUCCUGUACCCUAAUCUCAUUAAUACUUGCGGAUAAGGUGUCCAAGAUGCCAAGCUUGUGCCAGAACGUAGCUGAGUUCCCAGAGGUUGCCUGGGACUUAAUUGGCGAAUCAAUCAACGAUGGCAAUAAUGUCUAUCACGACCUAAUAUCGGCGAACCUCAAUAUUAAUAUACCGGACGCAUUGUCAGCGAUACGAUCGCAUCAGAAGAUCAACUUUCGCUUAGAGGAGUGGUUCUUCACCCAGGUUGGCUCCGAUCCACUCAGUCCCAUGAUUGUCGGUGUCGAGCUCUCGCGCAUCUUUACCACCACACUGGAGGUGUUCCAGCAGGGCGACGGCUGGGACGUGCCCUCCCAUCUGUUUGCCGCCAUUGUUGCCGACUGUCGCACCGUCAUGGUCACCAUCGAUCUGCGCACCUCGAUUGCAGCCAUCAUUGACUCACACCAGCAUGGCAGCGAUGCCGGCGCCGUUUUUGCCCAAAGCAGCAUACAUUACAUUAGCGACCUGAUGUUCUGGUUCAUUAGCAUGUUAGAUCACAUUUAUUCAAGCCAUCCAGCGAUUUUCGAGAUCUCCUUCCUCUGCUCCAUGCCCGACGUGGCGCUGCGAAUCCCGCCCGCCGUCGAGCAGUAUGCGAAUGAUAUUUGCAAGCCAAAGGAGAAGACUUCGAAAAUGACAUAAUAGUAUAUAUAUCAUAUAUAUAUAUAUAUAUAUAUAUAUAUUUAUAUAUGUGUGUAUAUAUAUGUCUAGCUAGUCACAUUAUUAAUUUCACCAGUUCCAAAACACCACCCAGUUCCAUCCAAGAAACAUGAAAUCACAGUGCUGACGCUCGUUGGUUAUUUUUAUGUGUUAACGUUGAGUUUCUAAUUUCCUGUUUCUGUUUAUUAACACAAAUUUCAAGCGGGCGAACGACCGUGAUACGUACGUAUUUAUUCAAUAAAUCAUAAAUGUUCUCAGGUUAUGUUCAGAGAUCAUUUUCUCAAUUUCUCAA